AUGAAACACUCGAUUGCAAGUCUCGCCUUGAGCGUUGGUAGCUCAAUUGCCUCUUCCCUUCCUGUUCAACUCGAGAUUCGAGAGCCACUCACAUCUCACCUUGCCAAUAUCCACGUCAGGUUCAACGAACCCACACAAGGCUCAUUGUCCUUCACUUAUGGCCCUUGUGAUGCCGAUUCGAUCUCUGACGCUCACCACACCAUUGCCGAGACUGACAGCGAGAGGGUCUCUCGCUUGGCCUGGGUGAUUCCUACCAACACAAACGACAAUGGAUGCAUAUCCGCGUGGAAAAGCGAUGGAGCUCUCGUUGGGCGGAGUGAGCGCCAGAAACUUCAGCGGAUAAAGCGAAGAGCGCCCCAAAAGCGAGACGAAGACUCUAUUCUCAUGACUGAAGAGAAUGGCUUUGAUGUUCUUGGUCCCUGGUUUGAUGGUGUUGCUCACCUGACCCAGACUGGCACUUCUCUCGUUGACGAAGAGGCUGCAAAGUCGAAGGAAAUCGCCAUUGUUGGCGCAGGAAUGUCUGGACUGAUGACUUAUCUGGUCCUUUCACAAGCCGGCAUGACUAACAUCAGCAUUAUCGAGGCUAGUCACCGUCUUGGCGGUCGAGUACACACAGAGUACCUCACAGGUGGUCCCUUUGACUACUCCUACCAGGAGAUGGGGCCCAUGCGCUUUCCCUCAACCUACAAGAGCCCCGAGACCAACGAGACCAUGAACAUUACAGACCAUCAGUUGGUGUUUCAACUUGCUGACGAGAUGAACGGCAUCAACAACCACGAUAAGAACCUCAGUGUUGAUUUCAUUCCUUGGAUCCAGGCAAACCCCAACGGUCUCUCUUACAAGAAUGAAUUCAAGCUUCCCAACGGCAUGCCCCCAACACUCGCCCAGAUUUCCAAGAACGCUUCGCUCGGCGUUGCAAGCAACCCUGGACUUGAGGCGGAAGAUCUGCAGGCAAAGGUGGACUCUUUCAUGCCUGGGUCUGACUUCAGUACCCUCAUGGCCAAGAACAUGUUCAAGGCUCACAAGCAGUGGCUAGAAACUGGCUUGAAUGGACUUGGAGGUGAUCAAUGGUCUGAGUACGCUUUUAUGGUCAACUACCUCAAGGGUAGUGCUAACAGCACCGAUGUCCUAGGUGACUGGUCUGCUACGUCAUUCUGGGAUACGCUCUACGAGGGCUUGUAUUUCUCGGCUGCGAGCUACAAAACAAUUGAUGGAGGUCUCAACAGACUUCCUCUGUCAUUCCACCCACUUGUCGAUAACAUUACAACCAUGGGUCGCAAGAUCGAGCGUGUCCGAUAUAACGAUUCUGAUGAUAAGGUCACACUUCAAUGGCGAAAGGAGUACAACGACACAGAGUUCCAAGACUCGACGUUUGACUACGCCGUCAUUGCAGUGCCCUUCUCUGUCGUCCGACGCUGGCGUCUUCCUCGUCUUCCAGCGACUAUCUCCAACGCCAUUAAGGGUCUUAACUACGGAUCCGCCUGCAAAGUCGCGCUUGAAUUCUCUGAGCGUUUCUGGGAGCACUAUGAGAACCCCAUCAUUGGAGGCUGUAGUACCACUAGUGACAUCCCCGGCAUCGGAUCAAUCUGCUACCCAUCUUACAACAUCAACGGCACUGGUCCUGCUACUAUUCUGGCUAGUUAUCAAAGUGGAGACAUGGGUUAUCGAUUGGCCAGUAUGACAGAGAAGGAGCACGUUCAGAUGGUCUUUGAUGCAAUGGUUGAUAUCCACGGCGAAUCUAUCAGGGAACUUUACACCGGCAAGUUCAACAGAAAAUGCUGGGCCUUGGAUCCUCUGCAAUCUGGAAGCUGGGCCAGUCCAACUGCGGGACAGCAUCAACUUUACAUACCCGAGUACUUCAAGACAUACGACAAGAUGAUCUUCGUGGGAGAGCACACAUCUUACACUCAUGCUUGGAUUGCAUCUGCGCUGGACUCAGGGAUUCGUGGUGCAGUCCAGCUCCUGCUAGAAUUGGGUCUCGUUGAUGAGGCGAAACAAGCUGUUAACAAGUGGAUGGCAAGGUGGAUCGAAGUGGUAAGCUCACUUUUCUUCCUCGCCUUAUCAAUUACUAACACUUCUUCCUAG